GCAAUAAGAAGCACAACAAAAUUUAAAAAGUCUUUCUCUUAGGCAAUAUGAACAAGGCUUCAAGGACAGUGUUUUUGGUAGUCACCUUCUUGAUCAUUUCAUGUGGUGCAGUGAUGGGACAGACGUGUAAGAGUCCCACGGAUUGUCGAACGGGAUGUGAAAUAGGGUAUCCCUAUUGUGUUAGUGGGGCUUGCUAUUGUUUAGCACCAAAUACAUACCCCACCGACCGUAAAGGAGAGAAGUGUAAGACUACAGCAGAUUGUCAUGUAAAAUGCAGACCUGGGAUGCUAUUUUGUUAUGAUGGGACUUGUGCAUGUUUUUAGAACAAAACACAUUCCAUUGUUUUUGAAGGAGCGUCAUUGUAUAAGAUAAUGUUUACUUGACGAAAUAAAUGGCAAUAAAGUUUACUGUUGCAUCA